AUGUCGGCCGCAUUCGCCGCUGGCACGUGUCAGCUGACGUGGCGCACGGUUUCUUCUGGUGCGUCUUCCGGGGCGCUCGGAAGUGUUUCGCGGCUUGCCAGACACGGCCAGGAAGCACGGGUUUGGUGUAGCAGUUGGAAGGGAACCACGUGGCGACUCAGGAGUGGCGGAGAGGCCGCCGGGAGAUGGAAUGGUGGCGGGAGAAGGCUUCGCGUGGGGCGGUUACGAGCAGGCCCGGAUGACGUGAGUGUGGUUACCACGUUACCAUGCCAUCACCCGCCCUGCUCCCUCCCCUCCAUUGCUGCAGCAACCAGCCCCUCCCUCCUCCCCCAUGGAGGGACAGACACAGAGGCAACUGCUGGUGGAGUAUGUGAGGGGCGUGCAGCCUAUGCAUACCACCCCUUGCACCACACCAUACCAUUCUGUAACAUUACCCACCUUGCUCCCUCUUUCCCUCCAUUGCAGCAGCAGCCAUCGCAACCAGGCUCCACCUACCCCAUAAGAGGGCAGACAAGGAGGCAGCUGCUGGUGGAGUAUGCGAGGGGCGUGCAUCUAGGCGUGCCACCCUUUGCACCGCACAAUACCGUACCAUACCGUGCGAUUGUCUACCCUGCUCCCUGCACCCUCCCUCUCUCCCUCUCUCCCUGCUUUCUUGCAACAGCAGCCAGGUCCCACCUCGCCCAUGGGAGGGCAGACACGGAGGCAGCUGCUGGUGGAGUAUUCACAGCAGCAGCAGCAGCAGCAGCAGCAGCAGCAGCAGCAGCAGCAGCAGCAGCAGCAGCAGCAGCAGCAGCAGCAGCAGCAGCAGCAGCAGCAGCAGCAGCAGCAGCAGCAGCAGCAGCAGCAGCAGCAGCAGCAGCAGCAGCAGCAGCAGCAGCAGCAGCAGCAGCAGCAGCAGCAGCAGCAGCAGCAGCAGCAGCAGCAGCAGCAGCAGCAGCAGCAGCGUGCAUCGUGUGUGGUGAGUUGGUGGAUGCAAUGAGACAGACUGUGAGCAACAUGCUGGGGUCGCUGCCACCGCAGUAUUUUGAAGUCACUGUCACAACGGUUGGGGAGAAUCUGGCCCAGCUGAUCGCCUUACCUCUGGGUCCGGUGCAAAAGACGCACGUGGCAGGGGAGGUGCUUCGGUGGGACGCCGAGGCUGAGCGGGUGGUUCGGGUGCCGGCGGUAGACUAUGUGGAGCUUCUAGAAGGAGAGGUUCGGGCGCUGAAGAGACGGCUGGAGGAGGAGGAGGCGAAACUGGCGCGCGUGGGGGGAGCAGGGGGGGGAAGCGGAAAUGCCCUUCUGGAAUACCUCAAGGGUUUGGAGCCACAGAAUAUACAGGAGCUGACAGCCAGUGCGGAUGACGAUGCACUGGCAGCCAUGAAUGCGUUCAUCCAACGGCUGUUAGGCGUUCCUGACGUCGGGGAGAUCAAGUCCGUGGCAUCAGAGACUACAGUGACUGAGUUGGCAAAGCUGCUCUAUUGGCUCAUGGUGGUGGGCUACAGUCUGCGCACGUUAGAAGUCCGAUUCGAUAUGGAUAGAGCCCUCGCCGCACCUGCAGUGCAGAAGAGAGCCGAGCUCCCUCCACCAGGCACUGACGGCUGGAUCAUAUGA